GAUUCAGCGGGUCCAGAGAGGAUCUGUGUUCACUACUGAUCGCUCCGUCUUCUAGAUGUCACAGCGACUCUCGUUGAGGAAUCAGGAAGCGAGAGAAACACCGCCGUCCCCCCGCUGGUGGAGCCUGCUGACGGCCAAGUCAUCACUCCAUCCUGCAGCUCUCUGACUCCACAGGGCUACAUGGCCCAUGAGCACGUACACCACCUCUCUCAUUCAGCUGUUUUCAACUCUAUUCAACUGCCGUCUAUACACCUGCUGGUCUGAGGGGAACAGAGUAACAUAUCAGAUAGCAAACAGUUUACUCAAACUACACACCUCAAUGUGUAAGGGGCUCUCCUCUCUGCCCUCCUCAUGCCGGGAGAAGGCAAAGGAGAUGCGGGUGAAGUUUAGCCAUCUGGCUGAGACUCACCACAAGUACAAGGUUCAGGAUGGAAAAGCUUUUCAGGACUUGGAAACUCUGCUAAACAACAAAAGUGGUCUGCAGGCAUUUCGUGGGUUCCUGCGUUCAGAGUUCAGUGAGGAGAACCUCAAGUUCUGGCUGGCCUGUGAGGAGUACAGGGUUUCUCCUUCAAAGACCAAGGCCGGAAGCAUCUACAGCCAGUUUAUCAACCCUGAUGCCCCGCAGGAGGUAAACUUGGACGCUGAGACCCGGGAGGCUCUGUUGAAUCUGAUGGACUCCCUGUGUGCCGACACAUUCAACAAGGCACAGCAGAGGAUCUACAGUUUGAUGGCCAAAGACUCCUUCCCCAGGUUCCUGCGCUCUGCUCACUGCAUGGAGACCAUUAGGGCUUUCUAAACACACACACUUUAUUACCAAAGGCCUGCUUUAGAAAUAAGUGCUGAUGACUCUGUGCCUAGCAUGUUGAUUGUGUUUUACCAGUUGUUUUAACGACUAGCUUGUUUUGUGAUUGUUUUGCAUAGAAACCUCAAUUAUGAAGAUUAAAUGUAGAUUCAACUACAUUGCGCUUCUGGACUGCAUAAGCUACAAGGGAUUUAAAUAAAUGCCUCAUAAAAGAGAACUCAGUAUGUGGUAUUUAAUGACAUUUGUAUCGUUUUUUACAUACACAUUGUAUAUUACCUCUAUUAUUUCAUUUAGAAGUUUGCCACACUCGGCCACAGGCUGCUUGAGAGCGUAUGUCGACUUGACAUUAAAACAGUUCAAACAGUGUUAUCACGGGCCACCUUGCUGCCACACUGCUGGUCUGUUUCUAAGUCGGUGGGAAAAUUCAGGCCCACUUUCUUCGACGGUGUUUAUUAAAGACAAACAACCCGGGUCGCGCCUCAGCUAAACGGCUUCACCUUGGCUUUUUAGUCCAAUAUAUUAGAUGCUUACUUUAAAGCAUGGUGCAAGGGUGCAUCACCAUGGUAACCUACAGUAGGCUGCCUAGUUACACUGCUCUCGUUCCUGCUGUUCGGCUAUUUGAAUUCAAUUCAUCCAUUAAAGGAUAACUGUACACAGGUUUUACAAAAAA